CUGAUUUGUCUUCACUGAAAACAAGGCUUUUCACCACUAAUCUAUUCUGUUAAUCUAUUCAUUACUGAAGCGGUGGAGUGGUGGGAUGAUGGAUGAGAGAAAGAAGCACUUUGUGGUGGUUCACGGAGCUUGCCACGGCGCGUGGUGCUGGUAUAAGGUGGCGGCGCUGCUUAGAGCGGAGGGCCACAAAGUUAGCGCCCUUGACAUGGCCGCCUCCGGAAUUCAUCCCAAACGCGCCGAGGAAGUGGGUUCCAUGGCGGAAUACAACCAACCCUUGACGGAAUUCAUGGCGGCGUUGCCGGCGGAUGAGAAGGUGGUUCUGGUAGGCCAUAGCCAAGGUGGGAUUAACAUAUCACUUGCCAUGGAGGCUUUUCCUCACAACAUAUCUGUUGCUGUGUUUGUCGCUGCUUUCAUGUAUGGCCCUCAUCUAAGCCAUCGUGCCAUCAAACAAGAGUUCAUACUUAGCUUUCAAGAACAAAUUGGUGGUGAUCAAAGUCAUGUACAGUUCAACCGACAACUGGAAUCUUACAUGGACACAAAAUUUGAGUACAAAGAGGGAGAAGACAAGGAACCACACCCGGUCUCCAUCCUCUUUGGUCAUCAGAUGCUACAAAAGUUGUUGUAUCAGCUCUCUCCACCAGAGGAUUUGAGUUUGGCAAAGUUACUGGUACGAGGUAUGCCCAUGUGGAGAGAUGGAAAUAAUGGUGAUGAUGAGGAGUAUGCUUUGAGUGAGGAAAAGUAUGGAUCAGUUAAGCGAGUCUAUGUGGUUUGUGGCAAAGAUAAAAGCUUGAAGGAGGAGUAUCAACGAUGGCUAAUCCAAAUGAAUCCCACCCAUGAGGUUUGCGUCAUCCCCCACGCUGAUCACAUGCCUAUGUUCUCCCAGCCUCACCAACUCUCUUCUUGUCUGCAACUCAUCUCCCACAAAUAUCACCAUUCAUCAUCAUCAUAAAACUGUAGGUUAGUAAGUUUAUUUAUAAUAAAUAAAGAGUUAAUACUACAAAUGGUUAUCUGACUAUUGGGGUAGUACUCCUUUUAAUUCUGGACUUUCAAUUCGACCAAAACACAUGCCUUUAACUUUCACUUUUUACUGCAAAUACUCCUUUGUUAUGAUUUUUGUCAAGUGGGUGUUAAAUCUAAGGGUAAUAUCAUCAAAUCUAAAAGUAUUAAUGUUACUAAGUAGAAUGAAACCAACCAGAUUUCAAAAAAAAAAAAAAAAAAAAAAAAAAAAAAAAAAAGUUGGUUUCAUUGUUUUUUGGGUGCGCGGGUUGGUUUCAUUCUGCUUAGUAACAUUUAAUACUUUUAGAAUUGAUGAUAUUACCAUUAGAUUUACCACCCACUUGACACAAAUCACAACGAAGGACUAUUAGUAGUCAAAAUGAAAGUUAAAGUAUAUAUGUGUUUUGGUCGAAUUAAAAGUCGAGGACUAAAAGAAGUACUACCUCAAUAGAGAGGACCAUUUGUGGUAUUAACUCAUAAAUAAACUUAUAAUUAACAUGUAUUAUACAUUAUAUUCUUUUCAA